AAAAGAUUAAGAAACUAUAUACAGUUCAAUAUAUGACGGGAAUAAUAUUAUUUAAUAUAAUUCAAUUACAGGAUGUGGUCUCUUUCACUGUUUUAUUAUUGGAUUAUGUGGCAUGUGUGCAAUUGCAGAAGCUUGCGUUCUUCCAACUAUUCUAAUUGUAGUUCCAUUCAUGGCAUGUGAUUUAAGUCUAAGUGCAAGUCAAGCAACUACUGUGCACGCUACGUUAACAUUAGGAAUGGCUGUAGGAGGAUUUCUAUUCGGAAUAAUAAUCGAUGCAAGUGGACGUAAGAGUUCCAUUCCUAUUACUAUGAUCGUUGUAUUUUGCGCUACUAUCAGUUUAUCCUUUGCGCAAACUACAUUUCUGAUAUACAUUUCAACAUUUAUACUUGGAUUAGGAUUAGCUGGUAAUAAUGUGGUUUUAAGAGUAUAUCUAAUCGAAUUACUGCCCAUGAAACGAAGAGGCUUUUGUUUAGUUAUUUUGGAUGUAUUAGGAAUCCUUAGUUACAUAUCUAUUUUAGGAAUGUCAUGGCUGCUAAUGCCUUCGAUCUUAUUAUUCCAAAAUAAAAAAUUUCGACCAAAUUCUUGGCGAGUCCUUACAGGAUUAGGAGGUAUACCAAAUUUGAUUAUAGCGUGUGCGACUAGUUUGCUGCCGGCAAGUCCAAGAUAUUUGCUUUAUCGGCGACGGCAUGAGGAAGCAUUAUCGAUAUUACGACAAAUUUAUGCAAUUAAUAAUUCGAAACACGUCGAUACUUUCGUACUUUCACUAAGCAAUUUGGAAAACUGUGUUAAACAAAUUGAAGAGGAAGACGAGGAAACGAAUAAUAUGAUCAGAACGAUACAUAAAUUUUGUAUUAAAACAUAUAAACGUAUUCGAGAAAUAUGUAAAUCAUUUAAAUAUACUACAAUAUUAGGAAUUUGUACUAAUUUUCUGCAAUUUCCGGGGAUUAUGUGGGUUGCUCUCUGGAGUGCACAAAUCCUACAGCAAACCGAGAAUUUUCACAAAUCGUCAAAGAAGGAUUACGCAUGCGUCAUUGAUAUAGAAGACAUGGCGUUAGGGUUUUUGCGUAAUUGUCAAGAGGUGGACAUGGAUCGUUUUCGAAUGCUUUUGUAUUUAUCAUUGAGCUAUUUAGUAGCAGAAAUUUUAUUGGUAAUUGGAAUCGAUGUUGUGGGUAGAAAAAUAUUUCUAGUGUUUUCGGGUGUAGUGGGAGCAACAGCAUGCCUGGGCUUAUUGUUUACAGUUCAUAACGUAAUACAACUCGUUCUUUUACUGAUUAUAUUAGCAACUUACGUAAUUGGUCGUACAACAGCGUCGAUAAUCUUACUGGAAAAUUAUUUUACUGGCGUAAGGGGUACGAUCAUCGGUUUAUCUAGAAUAUUUCCAUACUUGGUCGGUAGUUUUAGUAAAUUAUUUCUAAAUGUACAGUGCGCUUCUAGCAUCAUCGUUAUGUUGGGAAUUUUAAUGAGCGCUGCCGUUGCAGGAUCACGAAUGACUGAUCUAACCCGGUUACCGAUGCAAGAAUAACUCGUUAACAUUCUUCUAUGGUCUUAUAUAAUCUUGAUAAAUUAUGGAUUAUUAUUACUUUUAUUGCAUCAUGAUUGUGAGCAUAAUGUAUUACAAAUCUGCUAUGGAGAGAAUAAAAAUUUUUUUUUUAUACAAAAAAUGCAUUUUAC